AUGCUGGCUCAGAUCGCGAUGACCACCAGCGGAAGAUCUCUGUCGCCGUCCACGCCCCUCUAUGCAGCAGCGGAGCCACUAUCAUCACGCAUCGAGACAACUCCAAAGCAACCGAGAAACACCGACGCAGCUACGCGUUUCGAACAUGAGCCGCCGCACAAGCCCGCGCAAGAAGCCGGCGCCAACACGCCAUUCUCUCCGACCGGCACCACACGGCAGCCUGCAACCCCCACUGUUCGCAACUUUUCCCUCACGUCCGCCACUAAGUUCCAUUUUUUUAAUCUCCGACAUGUAUGGAUUGUCAAGGCCUGCGAGCUGUGA